UAAUCCCCAAAAUACACCCGAAUGGGCAUAUGACAUGAAAAAAAUUAAAUAUAAAGAAAUGUUAGAAUACGAAGUCAAUGACGACUAUGAUAAGGAGAUUCAAUAUGAUGACACGAAUUUAACGGAUCCAAAUUUAGAUUUCAUACUAAAUUCAUCAGAGAUGAAUUUGAUUUAA